CGUGGGAGGGCUGGGAGGCCCGGCUGGGCCGUGAGCCGGCCGUGGGCUCGGCGGCGAGGCCUCCCGGAUGCCGGUUGGAGCUCUGCGGUGCAAAGCAGGGGCUGCGCCCGGGCCGCAGGCAAGGGUAGAAAGCCAACGGGUUCGCUCCCCGACGCGCGGUGGAUGCGGCGGCGGCGAUGGACGCCCUAGAGGAAGAGAGCUUCGCGCUGUCCUUCUCUUCCGCCUCUGAUGCAGAAUUUGAUGCUGUGGUUGGAUAUUUAGAGGACAUUAUCAUGGAUGAUGAGUUCCAGUUAUUACAGAGGAAUUUCAUGGACAAGUACUACCAGGAAUUUGAAGACACGGAAGAGAAUAAGCUCACCUACACGCCUAUUUUUAAUGAAUAUAUUUCUUUGGUAGAAAAGUAUAUAGAAGAACAGCUGUUGGAGCGGAUUCCUGGAUUUAACAUGGCGGCUUUUACUACAACUUUACAGCACCAUAAAGAUGAAGUGGCUGGUGACAUUUUUGACAUGCUGCUCACAUUUACGGAUUUUCUGGCUUUUAAAGAAAUGUUUCUGGACUACCGAGCAGAAAAGGAAGGCCGGGGACUGGACUUGAGCAGUGGUUUAGUGGUGACUUCACUGUGCAAAUCAUCUUCUGUGCCAGCCUCCCAGAACAAUCUGCGGCCCUAGGUCCCACCUUCAGGCUCUGGACUCUUCCUGGACAUCACCAGCUCAAUAGACUGGGAGAGGCUUUGGCUAAUGAUGUCAGAAGAAUACAUCUUGGAAAGACUGACUGUUCUGCAACUCUUCAUUGAUGUGAAGUAGUGAUGGGUCAGAAGAUAACUAACUGACCUUCCUGGGACAAGACAUUCUUGUUUUUGGUAACCCUAGUACUCCUCCCUGAGUAGACCCCUCUCUCAGGCUUCGGAGUCUGGCUCCUGCAGCAAACCCAAGUCCAGCAUUCUACCUGGGAUGCCCAUCCCCAGCAUUCAUGUCAGGGUGUCCAUGUUGGGAAAAUUCACCAUCAAUUCUCUUGGCCCAGCAGGCCUUACAUGUCCCAGGAGGCUUUUCGUGCAUUCACAGCUCUUUAUAUGGAUCACAGUUUGAGUCCUACAGCCUCAGUGGGGGUUUUGACUGGGAGGAUUUAUCUAGGGGUUAACUGCAGCUAGCUGCCCAUCUCAGGAUUUCUGAAAAUCCUACCAUCACAGCUAGAAGGAAUCAACUUACAGAGAUUUCCUUUACCUAAAAGCUACAUGGGAUGAUCAGUUCCUAGUCUUAGGUGGGCAGUCUUUGCAUCACUGUCUUCUACAGGUCCAGAUGUAGUCCCAUUGUUUCCAUAACCCUCGUAUACAUGUUUUUGAAAAAAUAUUUUUAUAGAUGAAUACUCAGGCUAACCUAGUGGAUACAAUCUUGGAACUUCCAUGAUUACCCACUUCAAGAUCAAAGUAUUAUAUGCUGUGUGCUUUUUAGCUGUUAGUGCUAUGAAAGCUAAAAUGCUUUCUACCUUGGUGGUCCAUUUUACUGGGUGCCAGUGAAUGUAUGCUGGAAGUAGUCUAAAAUAUAUCCUUUUCUUAGAGCAUGUUCGUGUUUGUGCAGGUUUGCUUAAAACCCUUUCUGUGUAAAUCAGCUCCUUAGGUUUGGGGUAGGGGCUCUGCACUUCCUUCUUGGCUGUCAAAAUAAUCCUACCAAGAUAGUGUUCCAUGGUCUAGCUUAGCACAAGUAGGAGAUAGCAAACAGCUUUACUGGUCAUACUGCUUAGAUUCAGUACAUCGUCUUCUUACAGUGUUGGAUAGAACAUUACUGGCCGGCCGGAAAACAUGAGUGAAAGAAAAAAUGUAGUAGUUCAAUACCCAAUGUGUACUUAGUUUUUUGUUUUUAUUUUUAAAGUAAAAAUAGGAAUCUCUACUAACUUUUCAGUUGACUUUUCGUUUUAAAGGAUGAGCUACAGGCUGUGUGUUUUUCUGUACCGACAUGGCACUUAUUAAAUACUUUUGUACCAUGA